AUGCCUCUCAUUGCCCAGAACCCCCAGCCGAGAGUCAUUCUCGGGCUGAUGACCUUUGGUCCUUCCGAGGACAAGGGUGCCCGGAUCACCUCGCUCGACGAGUACAACAAGUGCCUCGAUUACUUCCAACAGCAGGGCUUCAAUGAAAUCGACACCGCUCGCAUCUAUGUCGGCGGAGAGCAAGAGGCUUUCACGGCCAAGGCGAACUGGAAGUCGCGUGGCUUGACUUUGGCUACCAAAUGGUACCCGCAGAAGGCCGGCGCGCACAAGCCGGACGUCCUCCGAGAGAACUUGGAGCUUUCGCUGAAGGAGUUGCAGACUGACACCGUUGAUAUCUUCUACCUACAUGCUGCGGAUCGUGCGACUCCGUUUGCUGAAACCCUCGAGGCUGUUAAUCAGUUGCACAAGGAGGGCAAGUUCGUUCAGCUCGGUCUGAGUAACUUUACUUCCUUUGAGGUUGCUGAGAUCUGUACGCUCUGUGCUGCCAACGGAUGGGUUCGUCCUACCAUUUACCAGGCCAUGUACAAUGCCAUUACACGCAAUAUCGAGGCAGAACUUGUCCCUGCCUGCCACCGGUACGGUCUGGAUAUUGUCACUUACAACCCUCUAGCUGGCGGCCUCUUUUCUGGAAAAUACAAGACUCGCGAUAUCCCCGCUGACGGCAGAUUCGGCGAGGGAACCGCAACUGGAUCCAACUACCGCCGACGCUACUUCCGCGAUGCCACCUUUGAAGCUUUGAGCCUAAUCGAGCCCGUUGUGGAGAAGCACGGUCUCACUCUGUUGGAGACCGCUCUUCGCUGGGUGCGCCACCACUCUGCCCUGAGAAUGGACAAUGGCGGCCGUGACGGUGUCCUCGUCGGUGUUAGCAGCUUUGGUCAGCUUGAGACUAACCUUGCUGAUCUUCAGAAAGGUCCUUUGCCAGAAGAGGUUGUUCAGGCUUUGGAUCGUGCUUGGCUUGUUGCCAAGGCUGAGUCACCUGCGUAUUGGCAUCUGGAUUUGAAGUAUACCUAUGAUACUCAGAAGGCUCUGUAUGGGCCUAAACCCUCAACGAGCCCCCUCACCAACGACGUUGUGGCUUCAGAUACCUUUGAGCUCUCAGAGCCACGGGCGAUCUUAACCCCGGACACAGUCCACGACUCGCCUCACGACUCCCAAGACUCAGAGGACGAGAUGGCUGUCAAUCGCCCCCCAUUGCACCGACCCACGGAUGGCCGCUCGCAACAACCCCUACUCAAAGAUGACCGCCAGGGGCGUACAUCCCGUUCAAGCUUUGGGAAUGGGGAUGCAGAAGGCCGGCCCAUGCUGCACCAUACCAGGCGCCCAACCAUCCGGAGUAAGAGCCCGGAGCACGACGCCGCCCAAGCAACCCGCAAAAAGUACAUGAUUGCAUCGGGAUUCCUCCUGCUCAGCUUGGCUAGCUUCGUGGUUCAAACGGAGACUGCUUCGUACAUUCAAAAUGAGCUGGGCUGGAAGAAACCCUAUUGCAUGCUCUAUAUGACCCACGGUUCUUGGUCCCUACUUUGGCUGGUCCAACUCGGUAUCCUCCGCCUCCAGAAACGGAAGAUGUCCUGGGAGGCCUUCUGGCGACGACAUGUCUUCCUCCUUCGUACAACUGCGCAAAUGGUAGAAUCCCAAGAUGUGCACCUCACUACCCGCUCUUCAAAUCGAUCUCCUAUCCCAUACAUGGUUAAGACUACUGCUUUUGUGACCACUGCUCUUACAAUCGCUGGAGGUUCGUGGUACGUCGCGGUCAACAUGACUACCGCCAGUGACCUCACAGCUAUUUACAACUGUUCGGCAUUCUUCGCGUAUGCAUUCUCGAUUCCUCUUCUGAAUGAGAAGCUGCGAUUCGACAAGGUGUUCUCCGUGGCAGUCGCUACUAUCGGUGUCAUGGUCGUUGCGUACGGUGAUCGGCCUGAGAAGAAGGCCUCCAAAGGUGGAGAUGAUGGAGCCCAGAACAGAUUGCUCGGAAACAUCGUUAUUGGUGUUGGAAGCAUCCUUUAUGGGCUGUACGAGGUUCUCUACAAGCGCUUUGCCUGUCCUCCGGAAGGUACCAGCCCGGGUCGUGGUACAAUCUUUGCCAAUACCUUUGGCAGUCUCAUCGGCGCUUUUACUCUGCUUGUGCUGUGGAUCCCAUUGCCUUUCCUACACUGGUUGGGAUGGGAGACCUUUGAAUGGCCGACGGGCGAAGCAGGUCGGAUGUUGAUUGUCUCUGUGUGUGCUAAUGCGACAUUCUCUGGUUCUUUCCUUGUACUCAUUUCUCUUACAUCACCUGUCCUCUCAUCUGUCGCUGCCCUUCUCACGAUCUUCCUCGUCGCUCUGGUAGACUGGUUCCGAACAGGCGACCCUCUUUCUAUGGCAUCAAUUAUUGGUGGCAUUUUGAUCAUGGUGGCAUUCUUCAUGCUGAGUUUCAGCACAUACAGAGAAAUGAACGAGGAACGCAAGAAGCAUCUCGAGAACGAUGAGGUCGAGUCUGACAGUGAUGCAUAG